UUUUAUCAUUUCUAGAUUCGAGUUCUUGGAUUCAUUGCUGUGGUCAGCAUCUUCUUUCUACUGUUUGCCUGGAAGCAAUAUUCUGUGAAUAAAGAAUAUACAGGGACAACAUUAAACAAACACAACCAAAAGUUUAUAAAUAAUUCUAAGGAAUUUCCAAAUAAUCAAGUGCAUCAUAUAAAUAACAAAACUGUAAGCAAAGAGAAACAGGAAUUGGUUCAGUUAAACAACAAAACGAAAUAUAUUAUUUAUUACUGUGUUAAUAAUAUAGAGUGUGGAGGUUGGGGAGAUAGGCAGCAUGGAAUAGUCUCUGUAUAUUUAAUGGCACAGGCCAUGGGUCGUCGUUUUGGCAUCAUUAUUUCAAAACCUUGUCAUUUUGCAAAAUAUCUUCAACCAAACAAAAUUAACUGGACAAUUGACCCAAAAGAGUUGCAUGGCCUAAAAAGUCAUCACCUACGUUUGACUGGAGAUAAAGGGUACAUAUCUGCUUUACGAUCAGUAGACUUAGAAAGACGCCACCCCCAAAAUGUCCUCUAUGUGACAACAAAUUAUAUCUAUUUUCACAGCUUAAUAGAGAAUCCUCGCUACAAAAAACAACUUCUUUGGUCAUCACAAAUGCCAUAUGGAAAUGUAUUUGCUAAAAUAAUGAAUUUAAUGUUUCGAUUCAAUGAUCAUUUUCAAGAAGCGAUUGACAAAUUCUUUGAAGUCAAUAUCCCCAACCCAAAUAUGCAUUUGGUGUGUGCUCAGAUUCGAAUUGGACGGAACCCCACAAUGCCACAUGAUGACCGAAGGAUGUCAAUGUCAAGUGUUCAAUCUCUCUGGAACUUCUUAAGUAAAUACAAAAACACCAGCAAGUACAAAAUGUUUGUGACAACAGACUCAGAAGAGGUACAGAAGAUAGCUUAAAAAAAUUUUCUCCUCAAAUCGUGUACAACCCUGGAAAAUACUUCAUGUGGAUCAACCAAGUGGAAAUGUGAAAAAUAGGUGUGAAGGUUUAAGGAAGGUCAUUAUGGACCAACAUAUUCUGACUAAAUGUGAUACGUUGAUAAUAAGCCGAAGUAAUUUUGGUGAAAAUGCUAUGAUGAUGAACCAAAAAGACAACAAAGUGUUUUAUUUUAAAAAAGGAAA